AUGUUCUCCGAGAUCUCCCGCGUCUUGCGGCCCAACGGCCGCGCCCCGGACCGGAUCGUCGAGAGCGUGGCACGGAGAAGGGGGUUCUGUGACCGGAUCGGAUCUCAAGGCUUCAUCUCCGUGUCUCUGGGCCAGCCGGAGGAGCUGAACACGCCCCGCUUCUUCCGUAACGCCUCCUAUGGCUGGAAAGUGCAAUAUGCCUUGAGUUACGACGAUUACUAUGUGGGGUGCCUCAGUUGGGCGGCCUCAGCAGGUCUACACCAUGACGAAGUCGUCCAAGAAGCGCGCCAAGACGGGGGAACUCUGAGCCGGUCCCGACUCCGCGCCCGAACCCUUGCCCCGGGUUCGCGGCCCGCCCCGCGGGUUCGCGGGUUCGCGGCGGAGAACGCAUCUCCCACCGCUGCGCUGAAAGAUGAGAUGUCCAAGUUCAAGGGCACGCCGCCGGCAGAGAACCCAAAGCAAUGGUUCGAGAAGUGGCUGGAGACGUUGCCCGAGGAGAAGGAGACCGGCCCCGGUGGUAUGGAUCUGGGGAUGCUGCAAGACAUGAUGGGCAAGGGAGGUGGCAAAGGUGCCCAGGGAGGUGGCAAGGGCGGCGCCGGCAGUGCUCCUCCGGAAACGGCCAAAGCUGAAGAGGUCGAGAAGGAGGAGGAUGGGUAUGUUUGGAGCCAGCAGGGCGAGGAGGUGCAGAUCGCCUUUACCUUGCCGAAGGCCGCAUCGAAGAAGGAUGUGAAGGUCCAGUUCAAGCAGAGCUCCAUUCUAGUGCAGGUGCAUGGUGACACGUUGCUCCAGGGCUCCUUGCAGGGCAAGGUCGAGGCCGAGGGUUGCACCUGGUGCUUGGUGAACAGCGGCAGCGAGCUAAACGUGAUGCUCACCAAGCAGAACGAGAAGGACCAGUGGGCCAACUUGCUGAAGUGACUGGAGCACAAGGGGCCCGGUGGGCCAGCUCCGAGAGAAAAACGGCCACCGCUUCAAACGAAGGUGCAAGCGGUUUUUGGGUGGCAGCGGGCUGCCCGAGCAGCGGGCGGAGCGUAGGUUUGUUCGAGCGCAGGUAGGAUCCGGCGAUGCAUCUCCUUCCUUCGGCGGAGUUUGAUAAACA